AUGUUGGACCCAGAUAUUUCAAAUGCUUUAGCUGCCAAAUAUAUUGCAGUUCCACUUAUGUUCCCUAUACACCAAAUAUCUGUCAAAGACUUUGCAGGUGAAGUUGGAAACCAAAAUCCAGGAGCCGCAGGUGCAAGAACAGAUAUUGCUUUAACAACUGCAAUGAAACAUGCAGAUACUAUGUUUGUACUGUUCAGACGAACUAUAAAUGACUAUUCUUGUUUCUACAACCCUGGUAUUAAAUAUCAUAUAAACAUAGAUGGCAAAUAUUAUCCAAGAGAAGAAUAUUCUACAGUUGAGGAUAUGAGGUCAUACAACUUGACAUUAGAUGCUAUGAACUUUAACAACAACUUCACAACAACCAUUAACCCUGAAAUGCAAAGUUCUAUUAUGCCAUAUGUGAAAGUAUGGACUCAUACAGGAGGUCAAAAAACUCAAUAUACAAAUGGAGACCGUUCAAACUUUUGGCUUGGCAUUCCAUUUGCUGACUCAGAAGACUUUAUGGGUGGUAUUUCAACUGUUGGUACAGUUCAAAUACAAUAUACUGGUGACAGAGACGGUCCAGAUGAAUUGAGAGCAAAGAAGUUUACAAAACCAAUAGCACUUUUCACGGAAGAUGCUCUUUUGAAGAUUC